AUGGAACUUCCAAUGAUUAUAGAUACUGAUCCUCGAUGCCGUCCUUUAUCCCAUCAAAAACCCUCAAGCCAACAUUUGCAAGCUUGGCAGUAUCCCAAUCAAAAUCCUAUAUUAUGCCACUACAGUCCUUCCCCUCCUCAAAGUGACUAUAAACCUCCUUGCCCUAUCACAAAUUCUUUUCCAGAUACAAAACCUGAUGCUAGACCUCUCCGUAAAGAAGAACUUACUGCCAAGGAAGAAAGCCUUCUUAGUAUUGAAAAUCCUGAUGCCCUAUUUAGAGCUUUUAUGAAGUUAAGACAAUGGGAUUACCAAUAUGCAAUAACAAAAGCUAGAUUUGGGUACCAAGCAACUAUCGGAGUUUGUGACGAAAUCAUUUUUCAAACUCAUAGUUAUAACGAAAAUAAAGCCAGAUUAAAAGGUAUUAUUUCUGUGAUAUAUAAAUACGACUCAUAUUUACUGCUGAAAUGGCUUUCUAAGCAUGAAGAAUUUUUAGCAGCUAAAAUAAAUAAAUUUUAA